UCGGGACCGGCGGACCUCGGUCUCCCAGCUUUGACAGACGGGGCGGAGUGAUCGCUUUGCACUGAUACACCUUUAUGCCUACCUGCGAAAAGCAUUCUUAUCAAAUAUUGGACUUUGUCUUACGCGUCACACCAGCAAAGGAUUUAAAGAAAUAAAGUCAAAUUUGGAUAAGAGGUGCCAGAGCGCAUUCCGCCGGACUUCAGUUCACUUGCGCAAGAGUUUCAGGCCUGACACCACCAUGCUGCCCUUCCUCCUCCUCUUCCUCCUCUCAUGUGGUCGGGUGUCUUCCAGUGACUGCCCGGCAGACUGCUCCUGCCAGGGCCAGGAGCAGGCAAUUUUCUGUAUCCAGCGGCGUUCCAGCACUGUGCCUCGUGUCCCUGCUUCAACCAAAAACCUCUACAUCUUCCAGAAUGGCAUCAACACCCUAACCCAGGACAACUUCAGAGGCUUGGUAGAGCUGGAGAUGCUUGACCUCAGCCAGAAUGAGCUGACAGAAGUUCCAGACAGCGUGUUUGAGACACUGUCAGUGCUGAAGAACUUGGACCUGUCUUCUAACUUCAUCACCCAUAUUUCAAAGGACAGUUUUUAUGGGCUUGUCCAGCUGGAGAGGUUAUAUCUCCAUGCCAACCGUAUCCAAAGUAUCCAGUUGGAAGCUUUUGAAGGUUUAGAAAUGCUGCUGGAACUCAAGCUCCAGGGUAACCAGCUCACCUCGUUGCCAUCCCUCAACCUCCCCAGCCUUCUGCUUCUAGAUAUCAGCCAAAACAAUAUCCCAACCCUGGGACCCUCAGACCUCCAGACCCCCCACCUGGAGGCCCUUAAAGUAUCCUCUUUGGGGCUCACCUCCCUAGAUGAGGAUUUGAUGGCCUCCCUGGGGAACCUUCAUGACCUUGACAUCUCCCUAAACCAACUAGUGGAGGUGCCCCCGGCCCUGAAGCAGGAAUCCCUGAAGGGGCUGAUCAAGCUUAGCCUGGCUGCCAAUCCCCUUGGUGAGCUCAGGGCCGAGGACUUUCAGAGGCUGACUGCACUCCAAGAGCUGGACCUGAGUGGACUUAACCUCCAGGGAUUCCCCCAGGGUUUCUUACAGAUUUUUCCCAGGUUGGGGCACCUGACAGCAGCUGAGAAUCCAUUCAACUGCUUGUGCCCACUGGCCUGGUUCCCUUCCUGGCUGAAAGAGAAGAAUGUCAAUCUUGGGAGGCCUGAGGAAACUAGAUGCCACUUCCCCCCAGUUAAUUCUGGGAAGAUGCUUGCCGAGCUGGAACACAAGGAUUUUGGGUGUCCACCUACGACAACGGUGUUGAUUAGCUCUAAAAUGGAGAGUACUCCUAUGCCCAAGAUGCCCACCACUUCCCCAGAAACCACCCAUACCAAUGCUAUUCCCCCUCCCCCAACCAGUGAAGAGCCCUUCUUUUCAGCUACGCCAGAAUCCCCUACCUCCAACAUCUGUCCACCAAACAUCUGCCUGAAUGGGGGCACCUGUCGUUUUGACCCAAUGGACCCCCUGGGCCAACUAGGCUGCUUGUGUCCCCCAGCAACCUCUGGCCUCUACUGCGAAAAUGUUGACGAAGUCACUGAACUGCCAAAACCCUUGGUAACAGAAGGCUCUGUGAUUGCAACAGUUAUGCCCUCUGAACUUGAUGCAAUCAGCUCACGACAGGUGACCUCUACAUCUAUUCUUCUCGACUUGCACCGUUUCAUUGAGACAAGGCCACACAUCCGCGGAAUCAGGCUGACCUAUCGAAACCUCUCAGGUCCUGACCGCCGUCCAAUGAUCCUAAGUUUGCCGGCAUCCUAUCCAGAGUACACCUUGCGUGGCCUGAGGCCCAACUGUACCUACUCAGUCUGUGCCAGUCCCCUGGGUGAGAGAGUCAAUUCCAGGGCUAAUAGCUCUGUUGAAACCGGGUCGUGUACGGAGGCGCGCACUGCAGGCGUCCAGACCACAUCCCCAGAGCCCAGGGUGGAGCCGCCUAGCACACUGACCUACACUCUCAUCCCUGCCCUGGCUGCCCUGGCCCUGGUGCUAGGGGUGGCUGUGGUGGUUGGAACAGUCAUCUGUCUGCGGAAGAGGAGAAGGGCCAAGGCUGGAAUGGAGCUGGAGCUUGGCCCAGCUGACCCAGAUCCAAUGGAGCUGGAGGGGGUCAAGACCUGUCCAGAGAAUGGGGGAAAUGGUACUUUACCCCACAAACAGCCAGAGAUCAACCGUUGUCACACUCCUCAGCUGUCCCCAAGUUUGCAACAAAAUGGGGGUUUGGAAUACGAGGUUCCCUUAAUGCAAGGACAUUGUCCAUCGAACAACAAUGUAGCAGCCUUGAAACCCUCUUAUUUCUAAGAUCCAUACAAUGCAAUGACUUUAAAAGAUAUAGGACAAAUAUGGAGCCUGACCAGUUAGGCUCAUGGAAUCUUCCUGUUGCUCUCUUGGUGGUUAAAGAGUUUCAUUCCGAAAUGAGAUAUUCACCGUUUGAAAAAAAGGCACUUAACUAAUCUUUUGUUGUCUAACUGAUAACACUACAGAUUGGAUCCUCUGUAUUUUAGAGAUACUGAUUGAUGAACUUAAGAUUUUUUGGAUGGUUAUAUAACGUACUGGUGAUGAGCUCCUCAGUCAAGAAACCACUGUGGAUUUUGAAGUCAUCUAGCAAAGUUUGAUGGUGGUAAAACCUAACCAAGUGUUUAAACAAGUGCAAUCACCUACAAGGGUCUUAGUAGCAGACUGAAAACGGAAGUGCCUUUUUGCAUUGACAUGACUGUAAUUUUUGGCUUAUUUUUUAAUUUGCUUUGUUUAUGUAAAAGGAGCUGUAUUUGAAUGAGCUGCAAUCAUGUUGCUGGAUUUGGGAGAUACAGUAUGGAGAUGUGUCCCCGUGUUCGGGCUACAAAACUGGAGACAAUGACAGUACAAUAUACAUGAAAACGAUGCAGAUGUGGACUCACCUGGACCACACUAUCUGGGGCAAAAUGGGUUUUCAUGGGAAAACAAUAAACUUGCACUGAAAAGUGAUAUUCCUUCCCAGUGUCCCCAUGAGGAACUGCUACCAGUCUGUUAUUCACAUAAGGAAAUGCAAUAACACAAAAUUUUAUAAAAUCACUUUGUAAAGCUAGUAAAUGGGUGACGACCAUAAGCACUCCUUGACUUGCGUGACUCCAGAUUUGCUUUUUAAACAUCAUCUAGUUCAAAACAGAACUAGAAGGCUCUUUGCAUCAGAAUUCGAUUCUUCAGUGCCAACAGGUCUACCAUUAUUCUCUCCACACACCCAAAGCUGUUGUCUCCAUGAGAGAUAAAUUUGCUGUGAAAGAUAAAUGGACUUAAUGAAGAGACAUUGAGAAUGGACUGAUUUUGGCCUGCGUAGCUUUGUGCUGUGAUACUAUGCGAAGGCUGUUUUGAGUAGCUGAUAUCAUGAUAUUCUGUUUUUGUAUUUUUUUUUUCUAUUUUUUUAACAUGCAUUUUGCUGUUGCUGUUUCUUCAGUAUUGCUCUUGUGACUAAUGUGAAUUUGUUAUGAACUGUGUGCCCCCUUUUAAAGCAUCAUUUUAUAUUUACAUUUUAGGUUGCAUCAGUUAAAACUGCAGAGCAACUUACAACUAGUGCUUAAGUAAAUAACCUUAAGUCCCUAAAUCACCAAAAGUGUAAGCAACAAAAAGAAAAGAUUAACCCUAAGUCGUCUUUAGAACAUGACCAGAAUACUUUGCCACAAGUUUUUCCCAAACAUGUUUGAAGAGCUCACCAAGUGAAUGUGACUGAAUGCGUGUCGAGUGCAUGGACCCUAAACUGCCAGACACUUCGGUCUCUCUGCCAGGUCUGCCAACACUACAUAAGGAUAUGGUUAAGACAAACCUCAGACUGUUUUUGACCACUUAAACUCCCAAAACUGUGUUCAAAGCCCAUUUGCCACAAAGCCCGCUCCUAUAAAGCAACACACACGUGCCGAGAAUUGAAAGCGAGUUCAAAGAGUUUUGUGGCAAUUUGCUCUAAGUGUCACUGACUUGCAGGCAGUCAUUUCCUCCAGGCGCUACUGACCGUAACGUCUCUGAGAUAUGGCUGCAGAUCCCCAGGAGAUUUUUGUUCUCUCACUUUCUCUCUGGCCUUCUCUCUCUCUCUCUCUCUCUCUCUCUCUCUUGUUUCUCCACUCCAUCCAUCCAGUGUGUGUUGGUAAACAAUGAUUAUCGGCUUGUGUGUUUGGAGACGGUUUUGCUUGUUUACUGCCAGCCAGGCAGUGAAAAGCACUGACUAAAUGCACCAUUCUGAUGUAUUUAUUCUGUCUUCCUGUCUGGGGCUGGGAACGCCAUGGCUUUUAACUGUUACUUUUUGCCUCCUUGUCUUUAUUUUUACCUUUCUGCUCCUUGAGAAACAGAAUCUUCAGUCUCAGAGUAUAAUAAAUGUACGGCAGUUUGCCUUGGCAGCAUUGGAGCAGAAGCUAACUGAGAACUUUGAGAGUUUCAUGUUACAUGCUGAAAUGCAUGAAAAUGCUAUUUCUAGAACAACAAACCCCCAACAGACCAUUGCAUAUUGUGCAUUCCAAAAUAAAAAUGAAGAAAGCUGUAAUGGAAUGGAAUUUAUCUGCAAUGCAAUAUCCAUUUAGACAUUUACCUCACCAAUUUAAAGAGUAUCUUCCAUAACUCGACUGUGUGUGUACGUGUGUAUGUGUGUAUGUGUGUAUGUGUGUGUGCUUUGUUUCACAUCUAAAGUGCAUUGUCUCCUUUCUAAUUGAGUCCAUGCACUAUACCCCAACACUGUCCAAAAUCAACUGACCAUCCUCCUCGCUGGCUUCACUGCUCCUUCACUCUGUCAAUACUCCAAUAUAAACACAGACACAGAUGCUCAUAUAUCUGCUCUCCCCUAAUAUAUCAACUGGAAGACAUCCUGUAUUGCUUUAGACCGAGAAAGGGGACAGGAAAUGUUUGAAAUACUUUCAUCAUGCACGUUACAGUACCUUCCCUGUUUUUUUUUUUUUUUCUUAUUUGUCUUUUUUUGUCUUUCGUUUG